AUUUUUUGUUGUAUGACCAUGACAUUUCAUAACUUUGUUUACCUUUUCAACUUCCUCUUCCAUGAAAAUCAACAUUACUGGCAAAACAUUAAUCUUUAAAAUUAAAAUAAAAUACUGGGAUGGCAUAAGCAACUCGUAACUAAACCCAGCGGCAAUGUUGUUCCCAUGACACUGAAAUAAUUAUACAGAUCGAUUCGAUUAAUUUUUGUUAAUUAUAUCCAAAUGUUUCGGGAAACUUUUUGUUUGGUUAUGUUCCUGUUUAAGAAAAUAUUACCCGUUUUACAUUUAUUAAUACGGCCUUUUAUAAAAUGGUUCUUGCACACCUUUACACGACUUUGCGAGUUGCAACGAAUUUGCUAUGGCGCGAAAGCAGGUGCCAACCGCACUAAGCAAGUGGAGCGUUCAUUGACAAUGUCCCAUAAUCGCAGGAUACAAGAACUUAUUAAGGACCUCAACCAACAUGUUGAACACUGCGAUGACAAUGAGUUUAUUGGCUUUUCUGGUCGAGCAGUCGGGAUUGUAAUGCGUGAGAAGUGUAUCAAGCCACAUUGUCAUCCAGAUUUCCCCGCACUCUUUGGACAAUGUGUAACUCAGAUAUGGGGAUAUAAAAGGCUUAUGAUUGCAGUGGAGAAAUUGCGUUCUGAACCGUAUGAUGCAGCAAACAUAGUUCAUGAAAGAAAACUACUUGAGUUGUGGAAUGAACUCAUGCCUGAUACACCACUUGAGACAAGAAUUACAAAGCAAUGGCAGGAAAUUGGCUUUCAGGGUGACGAUCCUAAAACUGAUUUUCGUGGAAUGGGUAUGCUUGGCCUUGAGAAUCUUUUGUAUUUUGUAAAGGAGUACAGAGACGCAGCACGUCAUGUUCUUUCGCAUUCGAUGCAUCCUAGAUUUGGUUACACAUUUGCAAUUGUUGGCAUUAACAUAACAUCUAUGGCUUUUCGAAUGGUUAAAGAAGGCAGUGCAAAGACACAGUUCUUUAAUAUUUGCAAAACAGCACCAAACGUGGAUCACUUUCAUAUGUUUUACAGCUUCUUGUUCUAUCAAUUUGAUAGUUUCUGGAUGGAGUCAGAGCCACGAAACAUCAUGGACUUUUCGACGAUUUAUAAAAAUUUUGAAGAAUGGGUCUUGCAUGCUCUGAAAAAUGAUGAUACGGUUUUCAACUCGAAUCCACUAAUAGAAAUUAUUUAAUGUAGCUAAUUUAUGUAUGUAUGUAUAGUUCGAGUAUUUUUCUUUUAUUUAGCUUUGUGUGCCAUUAGGAAUUUUUUCUAAUUAUUUCAUUUAUCGUUAUUAUAGCCAUAAUUUUAACGAAUAAUGAUUAUUUUUUUUGUUUUGAUUCUGAGCACAGCCAGUACCUACAUAAUGUAUGAAUUUUGUCUCUAACAUCGUCAGGCGCAAAGUCGAAAUGUUAACUUCGAUAAAAAAUCAAUUGAGAAACUUAUACCUUUUUGUAACUCGCCCAUUCCAAAGUAACGGAGAAGACAUAUUGACCUUGUUUUCAGUUUAUCUCGUUGAAGAAGCAAUAUUUUUUCUUGAAACUUGGUAGGUCUCAAGGGCUCAUGAUAAAGUUGAUGUUCUAGAAGUUUCACGAAAAACUAAUUAAAUGUAGCCAAAUUGUUCACAGAUGAAGCGUUUACGAAGAAGACGCGUACAAUUCUUCGCCGUUACCGUCUUUGUCUGUUAAUAAUUCAGCUAUUUUGAAUUGGUUUUUCUUGAAACUUCUAUAACUUCAACGCCCUUAAGACCUACCAAGUUUCAAGAAAAAAGAUUGCUUCUUCAAUGAGAUACACUGGAUAAUAAGCGUGAAAAUGUCCUAAAAAUUCAAAUGGAAUGGCCGAACUAUAAAUAACAGACAUGUUUUUUUUGUAACAACCUUUGAGGGUCUUAAGGAAAUAUAAGUAGAAAAUUAAUACCGAAAUAAAAAAAUAAACAUAUUUUAAGAUUAA